UCAAUCUUGUCAAGUGUCACCGUAUUAGAUAAAAUGUUGUGAUUUUUGUAAAUUCCUAUGUGCAUAUAUGAAUAAUAUUGUUUUGUUUCGUCAUUUUAGUUAACUGGUUUCAAACAAAGAAACAUGUGUGACAACGACGUAAUACAAUCAAUUUUCCAUACCGAUGGAGCAGUACAAUAAUAGAUUAAAGUAAAACAAUGAUAAACUUCCUUUGUACAUAGCCCAUAGAUUACCUACGUGUUUGUAAAGUUAGAAUCAGUGUUUAAUUAUUAACAAUGGCAGCAGCCUUCGCGAAUGAUUCACCUAAAUAUCGGAACAGUUUAAUAUGUUGUAGUCCUCGAACUGAGGUCGCUUCUCAAUCUUCAUCUUCGACGUCUGGUUGUGUUUCAGCAGACGAAAGUAUUGACUCCAACUAUGUACCAAAGUCCAUAGCGAACAAGAAGUUAAAGAUACAUAGUGCAGCAACUCGUGAAGAAAUCGAAAAAGCUAUUAAUCAAUGUAAAGAACUUGUACUAAAUAGCCCCCAGUGUUCUGAUGAACGGAAAUGGCUAGUAAGAUAUCUUGUAGAGUUACGACUGCGACUAGAAGAUUUGAAGGAUUGCGAUGGCCAAAUAAGAGACAAAGUUACCAUUAAAGGCCAUCAUUUUGAACAGCAGACUGCUAUAACUAAUAGAAAACAGUAUUGUGAUCAUUGCAGUGGGGUAAUAUGGAGCAUAGUGCAAAGUUCAUACAUAUGUUCUGAUUGUGGCUAUGUAUGCCACUAUAAAUGUGUAGAUGAUGUAUGCAGAGUCUGUGCUCAUGUUGUUAUGACAGAAAAGGGGCAGUUUGAAAUGAAUAUUUGCCCAGAAAAGGGACUAGCGGCCCAAGAUUAUAAAUGUGUAGAGUGCCUGACAACCUUAACAUUUAAAGAUACAUGGAAUGAACCAAGACUUUGUGAUUACACAGGCAUGUACUUCUGUACUACUUGCCAUUGGAAUGAUAUGUUUGCUAUACCAGCAAGAGUGAUACAUAACUGGGAUUGGGAUAAAAGAUAUGUCUCCCGUUUGGCUUACCAAAUGUUAACACUAUCAUGGACAACACCUUAUAUUGAUGUAGAGAAGAUAAAUCCAAAGCUAUUUGGGUUUAUUGCGGAACUAGAAUGGAUUCAUAAGAUGAGAAGGGAUCUGGAAUGGAUGAGGCGUUAUUUGUGUGCUUGUAGCGAGGGAUCAGGUCUUCUGUCUCCAUUAUUUGUUCAACUUGGAGAUGUUAACAAGAAAUACAGUAUGGCGCACUUACAAGCAAUAAACGAUGGUACAUUGGAGACUCAACUGACAGAGUUAACAGAGAUGUGUCGAGCACACAUCACAAAGUGUCCCCUGUGUUCAGGUAAAGGGUAUUUAUGUGAAGUGUGUGGCAAUGAUGAGAUUGUAUAUCCAUUUGAUAGUGGAGCAAUAUUGUGCGAGCAAUGUAAUUCUAUGUACCAUAGAGUAUGUUGGUUAAGGAAGGGACAGAUAUGUUUAAAGUGUAAAAGAAUGAAUGAGCGAAAGAAGAAUUUACCUGAAACAGAUAAUACCGACUCAAAUACAGAAUAUGACAUUGACAAAUUUGUACAUUAGUUUUAUAAAAAUUAUCUUAGUGACAAUAAUAUCAAAAAAAUGUAACAUGUUUAGUACUAAGUUAACAUUGUUUUUGUUAUCUCUUAUUGAGCAAAUAAUAAUAUUUUUAGAUAAUAUUUUCGUUUUGAAUGUAAAAUACUGGUGGUUGUUUUAAUUGUGGCUUUGAAAUUGCAUAAAGUAAUUUUUUUUGAGCAAUUGAGUGUCACAAUUUGUGUUAAUGUAUUUAAAACAAACAUUAUAUAUUGAUUUAUCAUCUUGCACAAUAUUAUUAUCUAGUACAAUAUAAAACGUCUGUAGGACUACUAACUUAAAAACUGUAAAUCUGUAGAAAUUAUUUAUAAUUAUAUAUUUGAAUUGUGAUAUUAUACAACUAAUUAUUGGACUUGCAAAAUUUUAACUUUGAUUAUACUUGCUUGAGUAGUGAAAUAAUUAAAAUGGCUUAAUAGAAAUCACUGAUUCCAUAGAGGAUGUAGACUUUGAGUAAUAGAAUGUUUUGGACUCGAAGGCAAGAGAAGAUAAAAGUUUUAAAGGUUCUUCUGUAGAACCUAAUCUAUGCUAACUUUUCUAAUACUUGCAUUAUAGCACUUACAAAUUAAACCUGUUUCCAUAUACAAAUCCUGCUUAUUUUCUUACUUGACAUGAAUUUAGUUGCAUAAUAAAGGACAAUUCUAAAGGACUUCUUCCAACAUCCACUAUCUGUGUUCAUGUUAACCUAAAUUAUGACUCCCCAAAACAUUUAUUCACAUUUAGGGACUGUUUCACAAUGUAAAGUAACAGAUUGUCAUAGGCUAGAUAAAUUAAUGGCUAUAUAAAAGAUCUGAAUAAAACAGAUUACUUAAAAACACUUUGUUUAUUUACUAGAUUGAUUAUAUGAUUGUUCCCUACAAAAUUGUGACAUUUUUAAAUAUUGACUUGUCAAGAUAACACAAAUAUUAUUUGUAAACAAAAUUCUAUGAAUGAUGUGGGACUCAAACCCAUGACCUCACUCGUUCCGUGUGAGUGCUCUUCCAACUUUUAUUUGUGUAUUAAUCCCAGAAGUAAGGGUAAUCACUUUAAAAACAUAACAAAUUUAUUAGAUUUGCAAGAGCAACAUCUUCAGGUUAUCAACUGUAAAGUGGAUCCUGUAGAUGAAGCCAUUUUAUGACAAUAUGUCACUCAAACAUAUAUACAUGUAGAUAGACUGACUCUAUCAAAAUAUAUGAAUUAUCUUAGAUAUGAAAUAUAAAAAAGUUUUUAAAAGUCCCCAAGGCAAUAGUUAUCUGCCAAUAUAAAUUAAAAUGUUGAUAUUUUGUUAUUUUGCUUAUAGAUGUAUAAUGCAACAUAUUUAUGCUAUACAAACAUAUAAUAUUAUGUAUUCUUUAAAAGUGAAUUGUAUAUUUAGUAUGUAAGUAUAUUUUAUUUACUAUUUUAUGUAUGUAUACAUAUAGAUCUUCUUUAGUAUCUCUGUAUAAACAAGAUAUAACAUAGUAUUGCAUUACACAAAUUCAAUUUGUAAACAAAAAUUCUCUCGAACCAGCGAUCUCGCAUUCCGUGCUCAUCCUCUGAGCCAACUGUUCGAGUGACAUAUCGUCCAUAAAUCUUGAUAUGCCUUUUUGUUCAAGUCUCAGGCUGUGGCUUCAUCUACAGGAUCUACUUUACAAUUGAUAACCUGCUCAACACCAAUAAUUACAUAUUAGGAAAUUGUCUUGAGAUGUCGCCCUUUAAAAUCGAAUCAAAGAGCGCUUCCACGGAACGCGAGAGGGUUUGAGUUCCUCGUCGUUCAUAGAUUUUGUUUACAAAUUGUAAACAAAAUCUAUGAACGACAAAUAAAAUGUAAUUAAUCCCAGAAGUGAGAGUUAUCACUUUAAAAAAUAACAGAUUGUAUAGAAUUUCAUGCUUGAGAAUCUUACAUUAGAACAAAAUAAAUUUGAAGGAUUUUAAUAAUAUAUAUUAUUAUUAAAUAAUAAAUAUAUAUAUAUAUAUAUAUAUAUAUAAAUAUAAAUAAAAAUAUUAUUUAAUAUAUAUUGGCAAAAACAUUUUUAAUGGCAAUGGGUUUCCGCAAAAUGACUUCAAGUAACAUCAAAUUAAAAUUAUUUAUUUAACCCAAUGUUUCAUUGACUUUGCAGUAAUGAAUUUCCAGCUAUAAAAGUUUUUUUUUUCUAUGUUAUUAAUAUUUAAUUUAUUGCUUUAGAGCAAUGAUGUUCUAUACAUCUAAUAUAUAAAAUUCUCGUGAAAUGGUGUUCAACUAUGAACUCCUCCGAAACGGCUUGACCGAUUCUCAUGAAAUUUUGAGUGCAUAUUGGGUAGGUCUGAGAAUCGGACAACAUCUAUUUUUAAUCCCCCUAAAUGUUAAGGAUGACACACGAAUUUUUUUUAUUUUUUUGACAUUUUUUUUUACAUUUGUUUAAUUAUGAGUCAGCAUUAAAAAUACAUACAACUUCAAAUUUUCACUCAUCUACGAUCAACAAUUACUUUUGUAUUGCGAUUUUAAUAUCGGCAAUACAACGUUUGCUGGGUCAGCUAGUAUUAUAUACAAAUCAAUUCGUAAAAACAAAGCCUAAAUAAGGACCAUGCCCAAAUUACACCAUAAUAGGCUUUGACUGCUAUAUCUAUACAUUGCCGUGUGUACUCCAGUUCUUUAAAAUAUUUUUGGUCAAUAAGCAGCAAUGUAAAACAUUUAUUCAGUUAAGUUUGAUUCGGAUAGUGACAGUUGACACACGACUAAGGAGAUAGGUGUGCUUACAAUGUCUUAAGCACACUUGCCGCUCCGCUAUCAAACUGUGAAUGAUAUGUGCUUAUAUAUUUUAUUAUAUUAUGUGUUAUACGUCAUUGCUUAAGACAAUUACAGGCCAGUGUAAGACAUAGUUGUCAUGCACACUAAAGUAAUAAACCUGUCCUGUUGUCAUGCGUUACCUAACAGCAAGAGGUUCUUUCUAGACCUAUAAAUAAUCUAAGGCAUUUACAGUCAAAAUGUUCAAAAGCUAAAUGAAAAAUGCAUUAGAAAUCAAUUCCCAUACAUUUUUCCUCUUAGUACUGGAUUUAUACUUAUACAACUUUUCUGCCGGCAUAGUGUAAAAGUAUUUUAUUUAAGUGAUGUUAUAUUAAAUAAUAUUUUCUACUUCUAGACAGCCUCUCGCUGCCAGAAAACCGAUGAAAACAGGCAAGCUUUAUUACACUCGGGAUUUGUAUAUCACUUUGUGCGAGUGUGCGUGAAUUGCUCAAAAUAGAGGUUAACUGUCAACCUCAAACUUUUUCGACGUUGUCACAGCUGUCACAGUCUUAUCUAGAUAUUAUAUAAAUGAUCUAAAGAUGUUAUUUAAUCAGAGUAAUUGUUAUUUAAAGUUUCAAACAAUUGUUGCUUUUGAAUUGUAAUAAAAGGCUUAUUGUGCACUGUUUAAAAUAUUAUAACGAUGGUUGUGUUAAUAGUGUUAAUCUUUAUUAUAUACUUAUUAAACAGCUGAAGACAUAAUAUUUUUUUUUAUGAGAAGAAGUGAGGAGACGAGCAAAUGUCGUUUACAGUGUCGUGCCUUCCAGGAGUCUUGAAAACCCCAAAACCUUAGAUAAUUUUCCCGUCUAGGCUCUAGAUAGAGCCUCAAUUUUUUUGACAUUUUCACAGCUGUUACAGUCCAUCUAGACCAGGGAUGCUCAAACGGUCGUUCGGGAUCGACAGGUCGAUCGCGAGUGCUUUUUGAGUCGAUCUCGAGAAAAAAAUUCGGUAUCCGGUAAACUAAAAUCGGUAAUUACGUACCAUCUUAUGAAAAGUAUGCUCAGGACAUGCAUUGUCACGCUACAACAUCCAAAGUCACUAUUUAGUUAAGCUUAGAACUUUAGAACGCGUUUGUUUUGUAAGAACCAAUAAACUCGCAAUUUUGAAUAAUAAU